AUGAAGAAGCAGCUUAUGGUGAAGGCCGUCGCGUACAAAGUUGCCGGCAUAGCCAAGUUACGAAAGAAUCUGCCCACCCUGACAAACCUGACUGCAAUUCGAGCUGUGUGGCAUCUUAUGGGAGCCGAAUUGUACAACGGGUACUUGACAGCGGCAGUGACGCAUUUCCAUGCUAUGGUUAAUCUUGUUGCGUCUGUUGGUGGCCUCGACAGCCUGCUGUGGGAAUUGAAGAAACUGGUCAUUGUCAGUGACACGAUGAUUGCAUCCGCGAGAAAAACGAAACCCGCUUUUGAAAGUGAAUUCUCCUCUAACAGGAUGACCGGGAUCCUGGAGCAGUGA